UCCGGGCGCAGUUGGGUGACGUAGUUUCCUGUGCGUCCCGUUUCCGUCGCGUCCACACCGUUUGGGCCUCUGUUUAUUUUCGUUUGGCUGUUGGAAGGGUUUUUUCUCCGGUAAUCAACAUGGCGAUGCAAGCAGCGAAACGCGCGAAUAUUCGCUUACCGCCUGAAGUGAACAGGAUCCUGUAUAUAAGGAAUCUGCCGUAUAAAAUCACAGGAGAAGAAAUGUACGACAUUUUUGGCAAAUACGGACCUAUUCGGCAGAUCCGAGUCGGGAACACGCCGGAGAGCAGGGGCACCGCGUAUGUGGUUUACGAGGACAUCUUCGAUGCCAAAAACGCCUGCGAUCAUCUCUCUGGCUUCAACGUCUGUAACAGAUACCUGGUGGUAUUGUACUACAACGCGAACAGGGCCUUCCAGAAAAUGGACACAAAGAAAAAAGAGGAGCAGCUCAAACUUCUCAAAGAGAAAUAUGGAAUCAACACAGAUCCCCCCAAAUAAAAUACCGACCUUGCGUUUUAGUAUUUUUUUUUUCUUCUUUUGAUCUUUUGACUUUUUUUUUGUACAACGUAAUUCCGAUGAUAUUUUAGAAUGCGCCAACCAGAAGACAAUUCGUUUUUUUUGUCUGUAAAGCAAAUUUCUGCCGUUUCACUUUUCUUGUCUAUGUGAACAUGUUGAAAAUGUGUACAUUGUUCCAAUGGAAUAAAUUGUUUAUGAAAAA